AACCUAGCUAUAUGGCGUGGUUUGGCGAACGCCAUACCUAAGCUGCCGUGCAAAUACGUAUAUGUACUACUAUACUAGUGUAUUAGCCUGGCGUAUUUUUCAGGUAGUAGGGCGUGCGCGUGCCUCCUAUUGGGCUUGGUUACUGCCGAUUGAAUGACGGGCCGUGCCCAUGGGCUGAAGGACACAGACGCACGACUGCUAGGCAGACUACGACUCUACGAGACGAGAAUACGAGUCGUUCGUUGCUACUUUCUCGCAAGACGGAGGCGGCGCGGCGGCGCUUUAGAGGCUAGGGCACGGCCGCACGGACGCAUGGCAGCGGGCAGCCGGCAAUCAAUCACCGGACACCGUGGGCACGAAGGCGGCGACAGGCAAGACGGCGACAGGCUCCGAGAUCAGCAAGGCGGCGGCCGCGACUCGUCGAGUCCGCAGGGUUUGCAGAUGACACCGCCGAAGAAGAGGAUUAAGUAUGUAAUGAAAGAUUUAAAGAGUAUUUUUGCCAAAGCCAGUGGCACUAGCACCUCGAGCCCAGCUCCAACUUUGGAAGUAGUCGCUGAACGACAAGAAGAGCCCGCGCAUCAAGAGAAUGUGCGGAUUGAAGUUUCAGCAUCUGUUCAAGAGGAAGAGGAUGAAGGCGAAAAUUAUAUUGAGAAUGAACCAAUAGCUAGAGACGGGGGAGAGGGCAAGUUCAUUGAGGAGUUGCAUCCUGACCACAUCCAGCCUGAUCCCGGGCUUCGUAUUCCAAUUAAUAAUUUUCAUCCCAACAUUAGAGAUGAAGUUAGAUUGGCUUAUGUGGCAAAGGGUCCAACUCGACCGGUCGGUCAUACGUACGAACGUGAUCAUUUUGACAGGGCCUUUUGUGAAGCAUGGUAUGAAAAAAAUCCUUGGUUGGAAUAUAGCGUGGAAAAGAAUGCAGUCUAUUGCUUUUAUUGUUUUCUUUUCAGACAAGAUCCGGUGGAUGAAAAAUUUGGUCAUACUACCUUCACCAAAGAUGGCUACAGUACUUGGAAGAAUGCAUACAAGGCAUUUCCUCUUCAUGUUGGUGGCCCCAGGAGUAUCCACAAUCAAUCAAGGACAGCAUAUGAAGAUUUUAAAAAUCAAAGCUCAAGUCUGAAGCGUAAGGUUACAGUCUAUAACAAAGAAUCAUUAAUCAAGUACGAGACCCGUUUGGAAACAUCUUUGGGGAUUGUAAGUUUUCUUGCAUUGCAAGGUGAACCAUUUCGUGGACACAAUGAAUCUGCCCUUUCCUUAAAUAAAGGUAAUUUUCUAGAGAUGCUUGAUUGGUACAAAGCAAGAAAGGAGGAAGUGAGAAUUGCGUUUGAUGAGCUAUGCCCAGGAAAUGCACAAAUGAUUUCUUCAAAAAUUCAAAAAGCACUUGCCAAAAGUUGUGCAGAUGGGGUCCGAAGAGCAAUAAAACAAGAGAUGGGGGAUAAUCUUUUUUCGGUUCUUAUUGAUGAAUCUCGUGAUAUAUCAGUAAAAGAACAAAUGGCCUUGGUUGUUAAGCUUGUCUUGACCCAAGAGACUCAUUUUCCAAGUUUGAUUUGGACAAAGUUGCUAAGCUUACAGACAUCUAUGAUGCAGAUUUCUCCAGUGAUGACCAUAAGCGUAUGA